UGGUUUGGCUUCUAAACCCUAGCCGCCUGUUUCCCAAUUCCCAUUCUCUCUCUUUCUCAAACCCUACAAAAAACCCUAGCCUCCGCGCCCCCUUUCUCUCUCUGAAACCCCACAACAAAAACCCUAAUCACCACUCCUCUCUCUCUCUCUCUCUCUCUCUCUCUCUCUGAGGUGUCGAAAUCAGAAUUAAACCAUUUUAGAUGGCAUUUUGUAACAAGAUCGGCAGCCUGAUUAGGCAGGGGGCUUUGAUGAAUAACGGACCAGUUCCGGCAAUGCAUCUGCUUAAUUCCAUACGCUAUAUGUCAUCGACAAAACUUUUCAUUGGAGGUCUUUCCUAUGGCACUGAUGACCAAUCACUUAAAGAGGCAUUCAACUGCUUUGGAACUGUCACUGAAGCGCGGGUUAUAACCGACAGAGACACUGGAAGGUCAAGGGGGUUCGGAUUCAUAAACUUCGACAGUGAUGAAGAUGCCAAAACAGCCAUGUCUAGCAUGGAUGGCCAGGAAUUGCAUGGCCGGAACAUCCGCGUAAGCUUUGCUAAUGACAAACCCAGUGGUGGGUUUCGUAGUGGUUAUGGUGGUGCUGGUGGUGGUGGCGGCGGCAGCGGUAGUUUUGGUGGUGGUGGUCGAUACUCAGGCCAAGGUGACUUUUGAGGAGACUCGUGCGCCAGAGAUUUUUAUAUUACCUGUCAAUUUCUAUUGGGAUGCUGCUUGACUUUUUCCUUUUUUUUUUUGUUUCGCUGUUUUCUUUGAGUAUGCCAAGUAUAAUGUUUUCUAUGGAAUUGUUAAAACUGUUUGUGGACCCCAAACUGAUAACAUCUAAGUAAUUUAUUAUGGUGAGUUAACCUCUUA